ACUCCCUUCCUCCAAGCGCAACAUUUGUAGGACAGGAUCACCGACUUUUUGCGCCAUGGGAGUACGCGCUGGCUGCUACAACUGCAAUAAGCGGCGCAUCGUCUGUGACAAAACGGAGCCACAUUGCGUGAAAUGCACCAAGAAAGGGUUGCAGUGUCCGGGGAUUACCAUUAGGUACCGGUUCAAUGACGGCAUCGCUUCCCGAGGAAAAUUGAGGGGUGUCUCUUUCCCAGUCGUUCCGAGCUCCCUCCCGAAGGUGAAUGGAUCUUCCAGCGCAAGCAAUCGAGCGAAGACGACUACAGGAAUUGGAUUCGCAAGUAACGGCCAUAUUGUCAGGCUGGAUUCUAUCCAUGGGAGGUGCGAUUCUACAGAUACUCAACGCUUUGGAGGCCACAACACAAACGAUCGUCUUACACUGAGCCCUUAUCAAGCAUGCUUGCACCCAAUCAGCGGCAAGCUCAGACAUCUUUUGAAUCAUUUCUCGCAAGUCAUCGCUCCAGGCAUGGUAAUCGUCGAUACAGAACGCAACGGAUAUCGCACCGUGAUCAUUCCUCUUGCGGUCACUGAUGCACUAGUUCAGACGGCCGUAUCAUCCACUGCUGCGUCUCAUCUAGGGCGACACGACCUGAAGCUACGCAAUGAAGCCGACAGUGAGCGCAUCAAAGUGAUUCAGAUGCUUAAAUCUGCCGCUUCGUUCCGCAAGUGCAGCCAAGAGGUGUUUAGUGUGUCCACUUGGGCGACACUGCUAGUCCUUCUCGUGGGCGAGAUGAUCACCGGACGAGAUGAUUACAGAUACCUUGUUCGAAUGAUAGGCCUGAUCAGGGCGAAAGGGGUGAGUGACGUUGGUCCCGAGACCCGUGCGUUCUUGGAGGCCCAGACAGAUACUCUCAUGCUGCUGGCGCAGCCCUUUCUAGACACAUCUGGAUGCCUUUCCAUGGUGUCCUCAGAAAACCAUCUUUUCCAACAGACAGAUAUCUCACCACAAUCCCUUCCAGAUCCAUGCGAUCGCCGAACAGCCAAUUCAAUUCUUAAGGCUUACCAAAUAUGCCACCGUAUUUACCUGAAUCGUCGCAUGUUGAGUACCUGUGGCUGUGGCAGAAAAGACACGCUCGCUCUCGAACAGCUAAGACGUCUAGUUAAUCCUAUACGACCUGACCUCCGCGGCGGUCACUCAUUAGUGUGGGUGUACUUUAUCGCCGCGGCCGAGAGCGGUUAUGACGAUGAUGACGGAGGGGUAGCAGGAGCAGGAGAAGGGAAUCGUGCCUUCUUCACAAGAAGACUCGAAGACAUCUACACUGCGACAGGGGCUCGAAACAUCCCCUUGGGAAUUGCGAUGUUGGACCAAUUAUCGCAUGCACGACAUGUGACAGGGUGGCCGGAUGCACUGUCAAGAAUCGCUUCUUCCUUUGUUAUGUGAGGGCGUAAGCAGAUUUCGAACAAUGUUUAGGCAAGAGUUCCUUCAUGGUUUGGUUGGAUCACAUUGAUAUUGAGUCCUUAGAGCACCAAGAUUAAAACCUUGGGCAGAGACCAAUAAGCGUGAGAUUGUGCUCCGGUAUGUUACGAAGAUGAAUCUUUAAAGUCUGUUCUGUU